AAUAAACACACCACAGUCAAUCGGCCAUCUUCCUGAUUCAGUCUCGUCAACGAAAACACGAAACACAAUAACACUGAGAUUUUCAGUUCCCAUUUGAAAAUAAUUACGAAGAAUUAUCUACAGGAAAAGAAGGAAAAUCAAGAGUUCUGUUGGUUCGGAUUCUGUGACCCACUUCUCGGGAUUUGGUGGUGAAAAUGUGUAUUCCGUGCGGAGUUGCUGGGUUGGCCUGCUGCUGUACGUCAGCAGCCUGCUCAUGCUGCUGUAGCUUCUGCCCUGGAUGCAAGAACUCAACAGCCUCGCGUCUGGUCUACGGCCUCAUCCUGCUGUUUGGAACGUUCAUGUCCUGCCUGGCAUUAAUUCCUGGUAUCCAGACUGCGAUACAAAGUAUUCCGUACAUCUGCGACAGUGAUAGGCUGGAGAUAUGCCAGCGUUUUGGCGGCUACAUCGGGGUGUACCGGCUCUGCUUCACCAUGGCCUGCUUCUUCUUCCUCUUCGCGGUCAUCAUGAUCAAAGUCAAGACUAGCAAGGAUCCUCGGGCCGGAGUUCACAAUGGAUUCUGGUUCUUCAAGAUGCUGAUGCUUCUCGGUGUCGCUGUGGGUGCUUUCUUCAUCCCUUCAGGCACCUUUGAGGAGGUGUGGCAGUACUUUGGAAUGGUGGGCGCCUUCCUCUUCAUCUUGAUUCAGCUGGUUCUCAUCAUUGACUUUGCCCACUCCUGGAACGAGAAGUGGGUGGAGAAGAUGGAGGAAGGGGAGAGCAAAGGGUGGUACUACGCUCUUCUGAUAGCCACAGUCGUCAACUAUCUCAUCACUGUCACUGGCUUCAUUCUACUGUACGUCUUCUACAUCGGCCGUGGGACUGAUGACAGCUGUGCACUUCACAAGUUCUUCAUCUCCUUCAACAUGAUCGCCUGCUUGGCCUUCUCCGUCGUCAGCGUCUUGCCCAAAGUCCAAGAAGCCCUUCCCCAGUCAGGUCUGCUGCAAUCCUCAGUCAUCUCAGCCUACACCAUGUACCUGACCUGGUCCUCUCUCAGCAGCAAUCCGAAUGAGAAGUGCAACCCAGGUAUCACUGAGAUCACUGGCGGGGGUGCCGGUUCAGCUACCCAAGCCCCUGGAACUCACCCAGGACUAGGAGCUGAAGACUGGGUCACUCUAGUGGUCUUCUUGGUCUGCAUCAUCUACGCCUGCAUCCGUUCUGCUAGCAACAACAACGUGAGCAAGCUGACCGGCGGCGAUAAAAUGGCACAGUAUGGCACAGACGGAAAUAUACAAUACAGAGAUAUGGACAGAGAGGGUGUGGCUUACUAUGGGGUUACUGAGAAAGUGCUUAUCAGUGAUUCUCCGACCUCCUCAGAGAACAACGCCGGGGAUGCGGAGAAAGGCCGCAACGUCUGGGAUAAUGAGGAGGAGGGCGUGACUUACAGCUACAGCUUCUUCCACUUUAUGCUGUUCUUGGCGUCGCUGUACAUCAUGAUGACACUGACCAACUGGCUCCACCCUACCACAACACUCGGUGACAGCCUGACGGCCAGCACGGGAGCUAUGUGGGUCAAGAUCUCCUCCAGCUGGGUCUGUAUACUCCUGUAUGUCUGGACCCUGGUCGCGCCCAUCGUUCUCUCCAACCGCGAGUUCAACUAGAGAGAGUCUUCAAAAUACCUGCGCAAGCCCAAGGCCGAUUUACACAGAAGCACGGUAACCGAAUUCCGCGCGUGUUCCCAAAUUAUAAUGCACUGGAACAGUGGAACAGUAUACGCUGUAUACAACAUGCAAGAGGUAAAGUGAUAUAACGCUGUGCCUAUAAGCGGGUGCAAUUUCUUCUUCUUUUUUUCUUCAAAAUACUGUGCGUUCUGACAAAUCAGCGAAUGGAGUUAGUGACGUUGCGUCGGUCUGGAAACCUUUCGUUAUUUUGCAUAAAUUUACAUAAUUGCGUGAGGUCAUCCACCUAUGUAUAAAUGGUGAUGUGUUGCUUUUUGAUUCUGCGCUUCUAUGUAAAUCGGCCAUUUGUUGAUGGGGGGUCCAAAGCAUUGGCUUUAAUUUUAAGCUCCAUAUCAUGCUCCAUAUUGGUCCAUAUAUACUCUGCUUGCUUUGAUAUGAGUCCAAAGUUAUAAGUGACAAAUAUGGCUGUGCCCCUGAAUCGUGAGCUGGUCCGUAGUUCGCCAAGUUGAGGUGCCAGGGUUUUUUUAUGACGGAUCUUCUGAAAGCCCAUUACAAAAAAAAACUGGACCCGAAAAUAUUGAUCGACAUUUUUACAAAAUUUCAAAAAGCAUACAUGGGUCGUUAAUCCCUCCCUACGAGUGUACGUUUCUGCGCUUUUGAAAAAUGUUGAUAAUUAUGCAUGACCAAUAAGCUUCUAAAUGAUUCUAAAGCCAGCGAUGAAGCUAAGAUUUAGGCAAAGACAAUGUUUUGAAGACCCCCCAAAUCAUUCAUAAUUAUCCAUGAAGGCUUGUAUUAAAGUUAAAUGUGAACCAGUAGGAUAUAUGGACUGCUAUCCUGAAAGUACGCAUACAGAAUAAACGUGAUAAUAUAAUAUUUUUCUUGUAGCAACAUUUAGCAACUAUAAUGUAUCGAUGUUGAG